AUGCGGCGCUAUGGAAUAAUAAUCACCCUCAUUUCUACAUGCUUGGCUUCUACAGCAUUUCAGAACCUCCCAUCUAUACCUUCUCCCGACCCGUCGACAAAUCCAUCUGAGUUUGGUAUUCGUUCGGGCCCUGAUCCUGGUCAGUCCGAGUCACACUCACUGGACAAGGAUAAGGCACUUCAGGCUGAGGAUGACCUGUUUACCUUGACUUUCGCUAACCCUUCGUGA